CCCAACGCCCACACCUUCCCAACCUAACCUUUCCUUUUCUCCCUCCUCCUUGUCUUCUUUUUCUCUUAUUACUACUAUCAUUUCCAGUUUCCCAAUACACACCAAACGUUUGCUUCACACCCUCCUAAAAUCUCCUUGUUCUUUUUCUUUUCUUUUUCCCAUUCGUCUCUGCCUACAAAGUAGCAACCUUUGCUUGUAAUUAAUCUCUUCUGUUCUUGACUAUAAAGUUUGAAACUUUGGUCCAAGCCAAGGGGUUUAAUUUUCAAUGCAAGGAGGUGUUGUUGUUCGUGGUGGUGGCGGUGGUGGUUCUGAAAGUGGGUCAAUGUCUACAGUCUCAAGGGAGGACAACAUGGUGGUGUCCUCCGAGGAUUCUUCAUGCCCAGAUGAGUCUGAGUUGGAGCUGGGUCUUGGCUUGAGCCUUGGUGGUGGUUUUAAGAUACACCAAGUUUCGAGGGGUGGUCAAUAUGCUAGGAUUUUGACUGCUAAGGAUUUCCCUUCUGUGGUUUCUGCUGAUGCUUCUUCAUCUCCUUCUCCAUCAUCUUCGUCAUCUUCUUCUUCUUCUUGUUUAAGUAGAGCUAAUGUCACUGCUGGGACCAAGAGGUCUGCUGAUUCUGUGGCUGCUGCUAAUGGCUCUAGCAGUCAAGUCGUGGGGUGGCCUCCUAUCAGAGCUUAUAGAAUGAAUAGCAUGGUUAACCAAGCAAAAGCACCGGCCACUGAAGGAUUUAACUUAACAAUGGAGAACCAUAAAAAUGAGACCUCUAUGGUUGAGAAGAGCACCAUUGGCAGCUACCAGAACAGUGGUAAUGCUAAACUCAGGAAAUCCCUGUUUGUGAAGGUGAAUAUGGAUGGAAUUCCAAUUGGAAGGAAGGUUGAUCUGAAUGCCCAUGAAUCCUAUGAGAAAUUGGCAAAAACCUUGGAAGAGAUGUUUCUCAAAGACACCACAAGUGUCAAUCCAGUAGGAUCAAGGGUGUGGGUGGAUGAAGUGGCAAGACCUUCAAAACUGCUGGAUGGAUCAUCUGAUUUUGUGCUUACUUACGAGGACAGGGAAGGAGACUGGAUGCUUGUUGGAGAUGUUCCUUGGGAGCUGUUCCUUAGUUCUGUGAAGAGGCUUAGAAUCAUGAGGACAUCUGAGGCAACUGGACUGGCUCCAAGGUUACAAGAAAGGAACCAGAGACAAAGAAGCAAGCCCAUCUAGAAUAUUUUUCUCUCAAGCCCACCAUAAGAUGAAAAGGGCAGGCUAGCAGCAUACAAAGCAAAAAAGAAAUACAGAAUAGUUAAAGCACUUUGACUGAGUAAAGUUUGAUCCUUUGUGGCUCUCUGUUUGUUUCCAUUUGCUGUUAUUUUCUCACAUGUUUUCUACUUUUCUUAAAUCUCGAUUACAGUUCCGGGGAAUAGUCACCACACAUUUUGAAAGGCACCAAUAUCUUAGUUUUUAAUGUAAUAUAUACAAAAUACCUAGUAAUUGCUAUAUAUAUAUAUAUAUAUAUAUUUUGUUGCUGUAAAUAACGGAGCUUUACUGUAUUUUUUUAUUUUUGGGACCUCAGAAUGAGAGUGCUUUCCUUAUCAAUGGCAAAGUUUAUUGUCUGUGUCUUGAAA